CCUAACAGAGAAGGGGGAAACUUGUUCCAUUGUUACUGUUGUGUUUCUCAAGAGCAGGUGAAGGAGUUUGACUUCACUCUGUACAUCUAAUGCUCAUUGAUCAACAGCGAAUGACAACACAGAAAAAAAGGAUAGCUUGCUCCAGAUGAUGGGAAUCUAUUCCGAUUUGUUAUUCUUGCUCGCUUUGACUCAGUAUGCUACAUGCCAGAAAGUCGCCGGCCAAUUAUCAAAUCCAACUCUCCAAGGUCCGGAAAAAGUUAAAUUAAAUGAAACGGAAACAAUUUCCUGCAUUGCGUCAAGUGAAAAGCUUUCAAUUCUGUAUAGUUUGUACCGAGGCAAAACACUCGUUCAAGUACAGAACGUAUCAACAUCUGAACCAGCUAACUUCUCAGUAUCAUUUCACAGUCAGACUGAUGGAGGGACUUACAAAUGCAAAGUUGAAAGUGAUGAUGCCAUGCAAACAAAAUACAGUAACAGCAUCAACAUUAUUGUACUAGCUCCAGUGUUGGGAGUUAGUAUAACUUCAGUACCAGAUCCACCUGUCCUAAAAGUACGUGACAAACUGACUCUAAACUGUUUAGUAAAACAAGGCUCUGGAGUGACCUACCGAUGGUACUUUAAUAAACAGGAACUAUUAUCAAACUCUUCAGUCAAAAUAAACCAAUCCAGUCUAGUUAUUGAUCAUGUUGACCUCAAAGAUGCUGGUGACUAUCAAUGUAAAGUAAACAACCAAUUCAAUAUGACAACAUUCAGUAUUGCCAGCAAUUCCACAGAAGUAAUUGUUAAAGUUCCAGCAUCGAAUCCUGAUAUCUUUGCAGAUGUAAAAUUUGUGAAUAAGGAUAACAUGUUCCUAACUAUUAAAUGUUUAUCGCAUGAAGGAACCCUACCAAUAGUGUACACAUUGUAUAAAAAUACACACUUUGUGAAAGACUACAAUGCAGAAAGCCGCAGAGAAGGUCAAUUUAUUGUAUUUGAAAGUUACACUGACAAACUGGGAACCUUCAAAUGCAAAGCUACGAAUGGAUUUGAACCAAAAUACAGCAAUGGGCUGGAUGUAGAUUUGUCGGUUAAAUUGACCUCAAAUCCAGAUCCCCCAAUUCAGGGCUACCAAGUCACGCUGAAUUGCAGUAUAACUUACCAAACCACAGGAGACUACACCUGGUACUUUGUGCAUUUAGAAAAUAAUUCAACUGAACGUACAAAACAGAAUCAAUUCACUCACAUUGCAAGCCAUCCUGGAAGAUAUUACUGCUCAAUUAAUGGACAAACUAGCAACUGGAUUGAAGUUCUGGGUCAAGAUUCCAGUUUCCAAACUGUGACUGUUGCUGUCAGUGUAGCAGUCACAAUGCUGCUGAUUUUGGUUCUCGGGUUGACUUGCUAUUGCAUUUCUCAGAAAGCCCACAGAUGCAACAUUGACUAAAUCAUAAGGACAUGUUUCUGGCCACAAUUUCUUCAAUCGCAAGACAAUCUGAUCCAAGAAACAGCAUUGCCAUCAUUGUCUAUGUAUCAUUGAGAGUCAGACAGCAAGGGUCCUGUUGAAACAGACUCUGCUCCUUGAUAACUGUCUUCUUCCUCAGAGACUGAUGAAUCAGCUCCUUGAAGCUUUUAUCCCAGAAGUCCUGUUGAAAAUCUACUGAAGUCCUUCUCAGGUGACAAUCAAAACUGGAAUGUGAACUCAUAAAAUAGUGGUCUUGAAUCCUGCAUCAUGAAAUAGUAUUCAUUGUGCAGAGGUGUAAGGUUGUACUUUAAGUUUUUAGAUGUUAUACAUUGCCAACAGUCACAUGUAAGAAAAUGCUUUAAAACUGAUCUGCACUCAUUUCCUGCUAUGCAUCCAUAAAGUUGUAUAUGCAAAGGAGCUAAAAAUCUUAUCUUGAGAUUAGUUUGCUUUCCAAUAUUUGUGUACAACUAAUUACGAUUAGUUAAGAAAAUUUGAGAAGAAAUUAGUCCUCAUCCCCCAACUCUCCAAUUUUAUUUUCAAACUGUGUAUGUUUGGAGCAACUAUUAAGUUUUUGAAUAAAACGCAAACUGAACUACAGGAAAAGCAGGUUAGGAUCACAAAGGCAAAAUAAGGAAUAAAGAAGGAACAUGAGGAAAAUAUGCUGAAGAAACACACCAGUGUAGUAAAUCAUUUAAUUUUACCUGUUUAUUAUUAAAACCUUGUGAAUAAAUUAAAUCUAACAUAGUCACGUGUCAAAUGUACAUGUUCUGUGUGAAAAUAUUCUAUGAUUUUGUAACUUAGAAAUUAUUUUUAUUCAAUUAUGAUUUUAAAAAGUAAAGCAAAGAAUAUAUAACCUUCUGGGCUUUGUAAUAUGGAGAAAGAGCCUGUAAAUCCUAAAGAAUGAAUGUUGGGCUUUAUUCUGCUUUUGGAUUUAUAUUAAGCUUUAAUUUUAGAUUGUCCUUCAGACUUAAACAUUAAUUAUACCUAAAUCAAAAAGGAAUUAGUUCUGAUCUUUAUUUAGCAUGGAUUUUUUUUCUGUUUUGGGUUAGAACUGUUACCAUGUUGAUUUUCAUCUCGUUUAGCUGAAGUUUCAGCAGUGGUGUAGUUGCAAUUGGAUAAACACUCAUUGCAGUGAGAUCUCUUUUUGUCCUACCCAUAGCAGACGGUUCAGAAGCAGAUAGAUGCAUGGUCCUCAGGGAACUCUCAAAUUGCUCACCUGCAUUAAGCAGCCUAUGCCAAAAUGGUAAGAAUGCAGCUCUAAUCCACAUUAGUUGCUCAAGAUCAGUUAUCUGCCAUUCAAUCCAUUCAACAAGUUAUGAUCAAAUGUUUUGCUACAAAACAUUUGAUCAUAACUUGUUGAAUGGAUUGAAUAGCAGAUUGUAUAUGGUUUUUAUAUUGGAAAAGGUCUUACUUUUGAGGCUAUGGCUCCAACCACUGAAGGAGGUUCCCUACCUACUCAUUGUGAUGGUGGUCAUGACUGCAUAAAGCAUUUAUUUUUGUAAUUGUUUAAGCAGAUCUAAUUGUCUCAGAACUUUCAAAGUAGGGUAGAAUUCUGCAGUAUGAGAAAGAUUGUGAAUUAUCUUAUUGUUUUUAGACCAAAUAUAUUUUGAUACUGGAUUCUGCAGAAAUAAUUUCAGCUUAUUUGCUCUCUGUAUGUGUGGGGCUGUAUUUACAAAGCCACGUAGUGUCUAUUAUUAGAAAGUAUAAGGGAGAGUAUUCAAGAUUAGCCUAAGAUGCUGUUAUAUGGACAAUCAUUCACUUGAGUUACCACCAAAGCGUACUGUGUCACUAUUUUUGAAAUACAUAUAUUUGUGAAUUUUUUAAACUCAUUAGCAAUUGGUCAUUAUGCAAAAAGACACUUCACACUUGGAAGGCAGAAGUUUUGUAAAACAUGUAUAUCUCUUCUUAAGCUGUGCUUUCUUAUUGUAAAAUAAAU